CAAGGAGUGAGACCACGCAAACGGGAGAGGCGAGGGCGGCAACAACGGCCGCGCCACUGGACGAGGCGAAGGUCGGCGGGUCGGGCCGGCCUUCCAAAAAUCACGUGACUGGCCGGAAAUGUUCCGCCCGCAGUCACUUUUCGUCUUGUCUUCGUUGAUCACCACUUGUCCGCUCGACGCGCGUCAGCCGCCAGGCCGCGCGCUGUCCUUAGCUCACAUCCUCUCGACAUUGCUACCGCCUCCACCGCUGCCACCUCUGCUUCGCCACGGCUGACGCGCCCAAUGACGCGUCACCAAGGCGACCGCCAAUGCAGGUCGCAUGCCGGCCACAUCGCUGUUGCCGUCAUCCCCCGUCCUCACCACCAUCCACGUCUACACUGCCGCGCGUCUUCUGGGCGCAGGUGCUAUAUUCACGCCCACCUCAGCUGCCGCGCGCGCGAGGGCCGAUCGCCGGGUGACGUGGCGUGUCCAGGUCGACGCGUGUGUCUACGCGAGAAGUUCGCCCCGGACCACUUUUCCUGAUGUUGUCGCCGCCGAGAACGCCACCGAGCUCGAGGCGCUCGUCACCGACCCCACCAACCCGCAGAACCUCAUCAACUGCCCGCCUGGCGGCGGCGCGGACGGCUGCCAUCUCGAGACGAGGUGCGACCGCAUCCGCAUCAACUACGGCUACAGGUUCAAUGGACACUACAUCUGGUACAACUACAACAUCAACUCGGUGCCCGACGGCAAGCGCAUCGAGAUCGACAACCAGGGGACUUGUUGAGAGGCUGAAGUGCCGAGGAAUCCGUUGAGGAGCUGGACGGAGCCGACAUCGAGCAAUGUCGUGAGGUGGAAAGGAUGUCGACGAAGUGCUUCAGAUUGCGGAAUCGAAAGAUAUACAUAUUCUUUGAGGUGCAGAUACUGGUGGAUCAAUGAGAGAGGAUCCGCGCGCGCUCAUCCCGUAUUCAUGAGCAAACGAAACAACCAGUCGUCGACUCUUUCGAGCUCCUCAGCGCUCACGCAGAAUUGUUACCCAGGCCGCCGUG